AUGGACAGAGUGAACCAAACCCCAGUCAGAGAGUUCAUCCUGCUGGGCUUCUCCAAGUUCCCUGAGUGGCAGCACCUCCUCUUCAUCGUCUUCCUGCUCCUGUACCUGCUGAUCCUCUUGGGGAAUGCUGUCAUCAUCACCCUGAUUUGCCGUGACCGCUCCCUGCACACUCCCAUGUACUUCUUCCUUGGUGUCCUGUCCUGUUCUGAGACCUGCUACACAUUUGUCAUCAUCCCCAAAAUGCUUCUGAACUUGAUGGCACUCAGCACCACCAUCUCCCUGGUGGGAUGUGCCACGCAAAUGUAUUUCUUCCUGGGCUUUGCAGUGACUAACUGUCUGCUCUUGGCAGUGAUGGGUUACGACCGCUACGUGGCUGUCUGUGACCCCCUGCACUACACAGUCAUCAUGAAUGGGAGGAUUUGCCUCCUGCUGGUGGCUGCCUGCUGCACUGGUGGCUUUUUCGUGUCCCUGGUUGGCACCUGCCUGGUUUUCGUGCUCCCCUUCUGUGCCUCCAGACAUGUGCAUCACUUCUUCUGUGAUGUCUCCCCUGUGCUGAAGCUGGCCUGCACAGACACCCAUUCCCAUGAGAUAGUGAUCUUUGGGCUGGGUGUGCUGGUGCUUGUCAUCCCACUGCUCUCCAUCUGUGCCUCAUAUGCCUGCAUCCUCGUGACUGUCCUGCACAUCCCAUCAGCCACAGGGCGGCGCAAGGCCUUCUCCACCUGCAUUGCCCACCUCACCGUGGUCACAGUGCACUAUGGCUGCGCCUCCUUCAUCUAUCUGCGGCCCACAUCCAGCUAUGCAUCGGAUAGUGACACCCUGGUCACGGUGACCUACACCAUCAUCACCCCGCUGCUGAACCCCCUGGUGUACAGCCUGAGGAACAAGGAGGUGAAAGCAACCCUCUGGAAAGCAAUUGGCAGGAGAACAUUCUCACACAAAAGCUAG